AUGCCCGAGAGCCGAAAGAGCUACCAAGGCUGGAAGAACCCUGGCCCCGGCAGACGGGCCAAAGAUGUUCUCGAACAAGGUCGCGGCGACGGUAACUUUUGCGGCAAUAAAAGCUUCCUUAGGAACGGCAGCGAACUCGAAAUAAAGUACGGUAAUGACGCUCAUCGAGAGCGGCAACGCUAUCUUAAGAGUUUUUUGCGGAUUGCGGACUUCGGACAGUACCUGUUAAAUUUUAUGUAUCAGUUGAACGUUAGGAUUUCCAGCUACUGGGCUGAGAACCUACAGCAUUGA